CAAAUAAUUUGAGCAAUGAUGGAAGCUUUUUCCAUGAAGAGGUUAUAGCAUGACCGAAGAAUGGAAGAAGAUAUUCCAGUUUUCUCCUCCCUAAGUGAGGAGGUCAAGUAUUGGAAAGAUAGAGCGGCUGAAUACAAAGAAGGACAAGACAGCGUGCAAGCACAAUUUGAUGAAUUUGUCGAAGAUUCAAAAGAGUUAGAAGCUGAACUUGAAUCACAGUUGGAGCAGGCCGAAAAGAAGAUAAGCGAUUUGUCGAAGAUCAAACAGAGUUUCGAACUAGAGAAUGACAAAUUAAAGGACCGUCUCCAAGCAACCACAAACGAGUUUAGUUUCACAGUGAGUUCCCUGCAAGAUGAAGUCUCUGAGUACAGUGGUAAAAUCAGUGAUCUGCAGAAGUAUGUUCGAGAACUGGAGCACAAUAACGACAACCUUGAGAGAGGCAACAGGGCGAUGAUGUGUUCUUUGGAAGAUUUCGAAAAGAAACUCAACGAGGCUAUCGAAAAGAAUGCAUUGCUCGAAAAUGAAGUAGAAGACAAAGAAGGGUUGCAAGAUAUGGUACAAAGACUGAAGGACGAAUCUCGAGAUUUGCACACGGAGCUGUCGACGAUUCGUCGGAAGUCCUUCAACAAGAAACCAUCAGAUUUGGACUUGCAAUCUGGAAGUCCCGGCCCCGAAAGUGCCCCAAACACUCCAUCCAAGGAAGCCCCCAUCCAGAAUGGAUUCGUUAACGGAAUCCCUAUUUCCUCAUCAGCCAAAAUAUCAGCCCUAAACAUAGUGGGAGAUUUACUCAGAAAAGUUUCGGCCUUGGAGACAAAACUAGCGUCCUGUAGGAACAUAGUUCGCGAGCCGAGCAUGGCAGCAGGUCAGACCCCUGUCCAUCUGCGUCGCUCAUCACUUCUUCUCAACAGCAGUAACUCCCCACGCGGCUUGAAACGGACAAUGCAGCAGCCGCCCCCUGUCGAGAUGGGAACAGUCCGCAGCGAGGUCCGGGUGGGGUCAUCAAAAUAUCCGUGUGAAAAAAAAGAGCAUUUAUCAUCCAUUAUAUCAUGUACCUACCAUCAAACUUAAGCGUGAAGCGGAUAUCAAGCCAGAAUUAUUGUUAUUUCAAGUUCAAUAAAACACGCUUUGUUAUGUUUUGUAAAAAUAUCUUGAAGAAAAUUGUUAUAAAGUAUACGCUUUAGGUAAGUGUCAGGACAAUUGGAGAUAGGGGAAAUGGGUGAUGUUGGGUGGAUCACAAAGUAAAGACUGAAACUAGCUGAAAACAGUCAGUCAUCAUAAUAAUUGUAUCAACUUUUUAAUAAGUUUGUGUAUAACAUGUAACGGUAUAUUAAUUAACAGUGUUUGUAUUGCACUGGUUAUCUCUCACAUUUGUUAUUUGUAAGUGGUAUUAAUUUUUAAUUUCAACUGAAAUGAAUGUACAUGAUGUAUUUUGGGAGUUGAUCAAGCGGAGGGCAGUAUUAAUAAGAUAAUUAGGAAAGUUGUUUUUUAAUUUGUUUUGGCUGUCAGCUUUGCUUUUGAAAUGGCUGUCUAAGUUCAUAAACAAAUCCAAAAAAAAAUGACUGUGAAAACGAAAUGCACUUGAAACUUGUUCAUAAACAACGAGGCCUGUUAUUUUUAAGUUAAUUUUUAAGUGUUUGAAAAUACUAGUAUAAAUUAUUUAUUUAAUUUGUUUCAGUGUGUUAGUUGACUGUUCUUUUUCAUAAUAGCCUUGAAUUAUGUUUCACGCAACGUGUUAAAUUUACGAUACAAUAAAGAUUGAGAUCUCUUUGGAACUCCUACACGGUUUUAUUUUACCCGAAGUAAAAUUAACGUACACUGCGUGCCCCACCCUUGCUCUGGCCAUGCAAUGUAGUUUUUUAAGAUCGCUCGGCUAACAUAAAACCGUUAUCACACCCUUCAGUCUGGUUGAAAUGAUAACACGUUCAAAUAAUAGAUUUGUGUUAUUUAUCUAA